AUGGACAAUUCACACCCUCGGAAUCGACGACUCGUAACCUAUGGCUUCGCUGCCAAAAGUCAACCUCCAUCGAUUACCGAAAAUCCUGUCCGCUUAUCUACCUCUAGAACAACCAAAGAAAUGCCUGUGCCAAGGCCGUCGCGUCUCUCACGGCCAUUCUACGCCGGAUUGCAACGCGACAAGAAUGGAGAUAAACCGUCUGGAUCGGUGGAAACGACUAGGACUCGAGCGCUUCCACAAUCAAAACCUAUCACAGAAUCCAACGUGUAUGACUUCCCUUCUUCAGACGAUGAGCAGAUGUCCAUGAUUCAGAGAAAGCGAAGGCGAUAUAGCCCUGAUGAAAGUAAGGCCGUUCCUACGACCAGGCGAUCGAUGAAGCCAAGCGAAACAGACAAUGAACAUCGUAACAUGUCACAACAAAUGGGGACAAGGUCCCCGGAUGUCCGGAGGCCAUUGGUCAAAAAGCCAGAAGCUGAUCAUGGGACAAGCUCUGUGAGAUCGACAAAGGCUGGGAGGUCUGUGCGGAGCCAGACUAAGGUAUCUGCUCUCGAUCAUGAAAUGGAAGUGUCAAACAAGGAGAGUCUGGGGAACGAAGAUGCAGAGUCCGUGCGAAAAAGUUCGCCGGAAAUCAAUCAGGGCUAUGCCACCAAAGCGAACAUUACCCCUGGUCGAAAGAGAUUGAUUGACUCACUUGGGAUCACCGAAAACCCAGCUGAAAGUUCUUCAGCGGUUGAAACCUCAACAGAGAGCUCUGCUGGUAGCCAGCCAUCUCCGAAUCCAACAUCUCCCGGCCGAGCUUCGCCAAGUGCGGCUGUGAAUGAGCGUCCUGUUGAAACCCACACUCAAGGCUCCCCUGCCUCAGCCCCAUCUCAUUUACGAGGCUCCCGAGUCACUUAUGCACGCCAGCGCUCCUUUUUGGAUGACAUGAUUAUGCCAGAGGAUUCUUCGACGGAGCAUGCUUCUUCUGGCCCGAAGCACCGCUCUCAGUCUGUGCAACGUCAGUUAAAUUACGAAGCUACUUCGAGUGCCCGUUUGAUUGUGCCAAAUGAGGAGAUCAAUGAGGAUGGAUCUGUUCGAAGCAUUCAUGAACUCAGACAAGCUGGGGGAAAUGCUCGUUAUCGAGGCGCUGUCGAAUCCAUCUUUGAGGAUAUCGAAGAUCCACAAAAUUCGUUGACGGGUCAAUGCAAUGCCUUCCUUCAACUAUGUGGUAAACUUCUGGAUACGGGGCUCAAGCGGCGGUUUAUUGAAUGCAAUUUUGACAAAAGGCUUGUCGAUUGUCUGUCCAUGGACCUUCAGGUGGUCCCCACUAUUUUAGCUUUCUGUGCCUACGCGCUCGGAUCAUCGGAUGGACACAUGUCUUAUGUCCUUGCAACUUCCGCCUGGCCUAGACUCCUCGAUGCAUCGCCUGCCUUAUUGAGCAUACAAGACGAUAUACUAGUGGCCGCAAAAGCUCAAGAUGGCGGUCUUUCUCGGCCUUUGCAAAAGACACUGCAGAACACUAUUCCACAAAUAGCUGCUAUGCUGUUUCCUGAUACUGCGUUGCCAAAAUUAUCCCCAUGCACUUUGGCAUUGUAUUGCCUAAAAUCGACAAUCUCCACAAUGCAAACCAAAGGCGAGAGUCCUAGCCUUUCCACGUCUCUUCUGAAACCUUUGGUUCAAGCGCUCGUGUCCGAAAGCCAACGUUGUGUUUCGUUGGAAAAAAUACACCCGGAAAGCUCCCAGAUCCUGUGCAUGGGCUUUUCAAUCCUGGAAGCUUCUACUGCGUUGGCAGAGUCGUUCACAAAAGAGCAUUGGGAUAUCCUAGACCCGCUCUCUGAGCUGCAUAGCCUGCUCAGUUUGGAGCCAGACAUUGUCAGCCAAAUACAACCCCUCUACAUUCGACUUAUCUUAAACAUCACCAACAGCAACCCCCUGCUUUGUGAUAGAUUCGCAAACCCGGAGGUGGUUGGGGGGCUGGUCCACAUUGUCUCUGCAAACUUUGGUGAUUUGACUGAAGAUGCGCUUAGACAAGCGAAUAAUUCUCUGGACAGCGUGAUACUGGCGCUUGGAGCACUUAUCAACCUGACUGAACAGAGCGAAGCAUCACGAUCAAUUUUUCUUCGCUCUGCUGGUUCCCCGAGGCCUUUCCUCGAUGAACUUUUGCAUUUAUUCAUGACUCAUGUCGAUUCCAUCUCCUCGGCUCACUCGGUCUUGGAAGUACACCACAAUGUUGCUGUAGGAUAUUUGGCCGUACUUUUACUAACACUCAGUUUGGAUUCUGAUACUCGGUCCAAAAUCAAGAGCUCACUCGCCCCCCAACGGAUUAGCAGCAGUGAUAUCUACCGUCGAGGAAUUCCUGCAAUACCAUCAGAAGAUUGA